GGGGACUGUCGUGCCGUGGAGUCAGUUUAGGCCAGUUGGCCUUGGGCCAGUUAUCGUUCCGUGCCAGUGCGGAAGACUUCAUGAGCUGACUUUCCAAGCGUGCGGGGUAUCAGAUACUUUCGUGGUGUCGGUUGUGGGGCACAAGCGUAUCUUUGGGCGGCAGGAUAGCUGCGUAGUCGCGUUAGGCUCGUCUUCCAGGCUUUCUCGCGAUGAUGAACGGCCAGAAGUUCUGCCUCAAGUGGGACAGCUUCCGCACGAGCGUCACGUCCGUGUUCGACCACCUGCGGCAGGAUGAGGAGCUGGUGGACAUCACGCUCUGCUGCGACGGCCACAAGGUCAAGGCGCACCGCAUGAUGCUCUCCGCGUGCAGCCCCUACUUCCGCGAGCUGCUCAAGGAGAACCCGUGCCAACACCCGGUGUUCUUCCUGAAAGACACGAGCAUCGAGGAUCUGCGCGCCGUCAUCGAGUUCGUCUACAAGGGCGAGGUGAACGUGUCGCAGGGUCAGCUGGCAAGCUUCAUCAAGACGGCCGAAAUGCUGCAGGUGCGCGGCCUGAGCGGCGACGAGGACGCGGCGCAGCAGGACCCGGCCGCGGACGAGCGCGCUGCCGGCGGCUCGCCGAGCGUGAUCAAGGUGGAGCAGGUGGAUUUGAGCGAGGAGGAUGGAGAACUGGAGGCCGCGCUGGGGCACGUGGCCAGCUUCGAGGGUCACGCCGGUGGGGCGGGACAAGGCUUUGAUCCCGCCCAGGUGUCGCUGCUGGACGACUCGCUAGGAGAAGCCGGCCCGUCGUCGGCCGGCGCCGGCGGUGACAGAGCCUCACAAGCGCCGUCGGCUUCCGGCCGCCUGGGGUGCCCGCUCUGCAGCAAGACGUACGCCAGCUGGGACUCGUACCGACACCACCUGGAGACGCACGCCGGCCGCACCACCUGCCCGCGCUGCCGCCAGGUGUUCGCCACGGCUGCCAGCCGAAACCGGCACAUGGGCUCGGCUCGCUGCCUGGGCGCUCGGGUCGAGCUGGCGGCUGGUGACUGCGCCGAGUACCCGUGUCGGUUCUGCGGCCGGCUGUACCGCACGCCGGGCAGCCGGCGCGCCCACGAGCACGUGCACACGGGCGGCACCGUCUGCCACCUCUGCAGCCUGGCGUUCGGCAAGAUGGGCAACCUGAAGCGCCACCUGCGCGCGCGCCACGUGGACUCGCACGAAGCGUCCGGCUUCGCGGUGGACCCGGACGACGCGAGCGGAGCGCCGCGGCCGUUCGAGGCGUGA